AUGGCCUGCGCGGUCUCCUGGACAUUAUUAACCUCCGGCGUGCUCAGCUCUGCGCUCGCCGAGUCUGGAAUGCAGACCACUCUGGCGGACGCCGAUGAGGAAUCCGACUACCAAAAGUUGGCCGCCCCGCCCACGGUGGUUCAGUUUCUGCGACAGACGUACAUCGCGGUGCGGGAGCUGGCCUUCAAUUGGGAGAAGUACCCCUACGAUCAUGAGUUCACGGUGCGCAUGUUUACUGAUGGUCUGCCCAGCCUCUUCGAGGUCGGUCUCAUCCUGGCCUUGACGAUCUCCUUCAUACUCUUCCGCGUCAUUGUGGACCCUCCUCUGAGAGUAAGUACACCUACUAUAUGUGCGAAUUUUUAUGCAUUUAGAAGGCGGCAAGACGUUCUCUGGGACCAGUAUUUUAUUUGCCCGACGUUUCGGACUCUCACUCGAGGCCAUUGUCAAGGAAUAAUAAAAUGUACAGCUCACCGUGUAUUUAGCUCAAGUCUGCCGGGAAUGACCUUCAGCUCUGCUAUCGAUUUUUUGCGCAACGCGACAUAA